AUGGACCCCACCACCGAACACACCUCUACGGAAGAACAACAAAAGAAAGAAGCCCUGGCCGCCUUCACCGCAACCCUCCACUCCGUCGGCGCAAACCUCGAAGCGCCCCUCCGCGACCGCGCCGCCACAAUCACUUCUAACACAGCCGCGCUGGACAGACAAGAAGCCGAGCUGGCAGAGCACACGGCGCGACUGGCGAAGCAGAAUGCGCAGUGGAGUGGAUUCGCAGAUGAGACGCGCGAGGGUCUCAAGGAGAUUGGGGAUGUGCAGAACUGGGCGGAAAUGAUUGAACGGGAUCUUCUGGUGUUGGAGGAGAUGAUGGAUGGGGUUGAGGCUACGGAGGGGCGAGAGGAGGAGAUGGGUCUGCGUGGGCGUGGGCGUAGGCUUGGGAACAGGGAUGGGGAUGAAGAUGGGGACGGAGAUGGAGAGAGAAAUGGGAUGAAUAGAGUGGUGAAUCGAGUGAAUGGGAUGAGUUUAGGAAAUGGUCAGUAUGGGCUGUGGAAUGGAAGUAAUGGGAAGAAGAAGGAGACUAGGAGUUGGUUGCGGUGGUGGUGA